AUGUCUAUCAAGUCCACUCUCUUCCUAGGCCUUGCUGCCCUCUCCGCCAUGACUGAGGCUGCGCCCACCAAGCGCGCCUCCGCUGGCAAACGUGGUCUUGCUUUCCCAAAGCAGAACAACGGCGUCGCUGGAUCGACUUACACUCAGUUGUUCAAGAACUACGACCAGAUCACCUGGAUGUACGACUGGGAGGCUGUCAUCGAAGGCACUCCUGUCACUGGCCUCGAAUACGUUCCCCUCCUCCACUCUAACGAGGACUGGUGCACUGCUGGCUGGUCUGCCAAUGUUGCCAACGCCCAAAAGGACUACAAGGUCUCGCACGUGCUCUCCUUCAACGAGCCUGACCAGUGCGGUGGUGGUGGCUCCUGCAUGUCCGUCUCCGACGCCGUCACAGCGCACAAGAAGUACAUCCAGCCGCUCGCCAGCUCCCUAAAAAUUGGCUCUCCCGCCGUCACAAACGGCGACGGCGAAGCCAAGGGCAUCAACUGGCUCAAAUCCUUCGUGUCCGCCUGCUCCGACUGCCAGAUCGACUUCGUCGUCGCGCACUACUACGCUUGGGACAAGGCGGCCGACUUCAAGGCUUACCUCACCAAAUUUCACGAGACCUUCAACAAGCCCGUUUGGGUCACUGAGUUUGGUGUUACCGAGGGUGAUGCACCGACUUUCCUUAAGGAAGUGCUUCCUUGGAUGGACCAGCAGAGCUGGAUCGAGCGCUACGCGUGGCACAUGGCUGCCCCGACCACCAGCGAGAGCAGCCUUAAAUACUUGCUCAACGAGGCUGGGAACGCAUUGAACGAUGUUGGUACUGCUUUUGCUUCGUAA